UUCCGGCGCGCGCCGUUUGGGCGGUUGCCUUGGAAACGGCUUCCUGCUUUUCCUUCCCCUUACUCCGCCUUCUUGUCAGGCCAUGUCCCUGUCUUGCUUCUUUAACCCCCAUCACGGCUGUUUAUUACGCGCCAAUGGUCAUGGGGAAGUGUGGACAGAUUGGAACAGCUCUGCCAAGUUCUUCCAGUAUGGCUGGAGGUGCACCACCAACGAGGACUCCUACACCAACAAAACCCUCUUGGGGAACUGGAAUGAAGAGCGCUAUGACAUUCGGAAAAUACUGCAGCCCAAGCCUCUCCCUUCCCAGUAUGCUCACUAUUUUGAGUCCACCUACACAUCGGACUACUCCAAGGAAAAGCCCCACAGUACAAAAAGAGUUAUGCAAGAUGUUCACUGGUUCCCUGGACACCAGCCAGAGCUGGAGCCUCCUCCAAUCAAGCCAACUGCCCGGUCAUGCUACAUGAUAGAUUAUGAGCCUCCACAGAAGAAGGGAGCCUGCUGCUUGGUUGACACGAAGCCCAAAGAACAGCAAGGGGCUCUGCUGAAGCAGUAGGACUAGAGUAGGACUCUCUUCCGCUUCAGGACAGCCUGGGUUGCUUGAAAGGCCCUGCCUGUGUGACCCAGUUGCAUCCCUCUCUUCCCCACCCACCCACUUAAAAGCUAGUCUGCCAUGCAGCAACUCACAAACCAUGUCUGUGAAUAAAAGAGUCUGCGCCAGAGUGAGAAGG